AUGAAUGUAGUAAAAGAAGAAUCUAUAAGUAUAGUAGAAAAACAACAGGAAAGUUCAUUAAAUGAUUUAUCGGCUACGUUAAUUCCAACAACAACUCCGUUUUCCUCGAAUACAAAAACAACAGUGACGACGUCGACAUCGAAUCCUAAUAAUAAAGAUACCAUUGAAACUGAACAUGAUGAUGUUUUAAUUCGAGUAGGAGAACAACCUGAUUUAAAAAAGUUUCGAGCAAAUUCAAAAUUAUUAAGGACAGUUGAUUGGAAAAUAUUAGAAGGAGAAGAUUUUCUUGGAGUAUGGUUAGCAGCAGAUGAAUUUAUGUUGGAUGAUUUAGAGAGACAAGUUCGAGAAUUAUUUGAAAAGAAAUCAGAAAUGUUAAAGAAGAAUUUUAUGACAAUUGUGAGAUUAGUAUAUCAAAAUGAAACAUUGGAAAGAUUUCGACCAAAUUGUGUAGAUAUUAUUAAUACGACAACAUGGUUUCAGGAUAGUUCUAACUUUGGUACGUUAGAAGAAUCAAUUUUUCAAAGUUUAUUAACUGAGGAAGAAAACUAUGUUCAUGAUGGAAUUAUGUGGAAUUUAUUGAUUUUAUGGGCGAGUUCAUCAAAAAAGCCAAUAUUAAAUUCAAGUAACGUGAUGGAAUGGACGGAUGAAACAUUUGAAUUACUUAAGAGUAGGAUGGAUCAUUUUGUACAUUUUAUAAGAUUUUCAUUAAUUUCACGUAAUGAUUAUUAUGAUUAUGUUUUACCUUAUAAACGUAUUUUACCAGCAGAUACAACAACCAAUGCGGCAUUACAAUAUUAUCUUUAUUGUUUGGAUGAGGGAGGAAAUCCAAAGCUUGAUGUUUUACGUCCACAUGUUAUAUUGAAUGAUUCAAAAAUUGUCAAUCAUACUCAUGUUGCUAUGAUUGGAAGGUGGAUUGACAUUGGAAGAGAGAAAGAAAUUUAUAUACCUGAUUCUUCUUCGACGAACAAUAAUGGAUAUCAUGCUAUAAGUACUGAUGAAAAUUCAAGUUUAAACGAAGAACAAGAAAAUUCUUCUUCCAACGCGACGAUAGCAUCGUCGACUGAAGCGACAAAGAAUUCAAAUUCACGUAAUGAAGAAAAAGGAUCAACGAAACUUUCAUGGAAACAACCUUCUUCAUUGAGAAAAUUGUGGACUUUACGUAAAGGAAGGAGACCUGUUUACCAUCCCGAUUCUUCUUUGACUCCUUCAACGACUACAACAGUCAAGAAAGGAAAUAGUAACGAUAAAAUACAAACACCUUCAAUAGUUGUAACUACAAUGAGUCAUUCCCGAAUCAUUUUAGGAGGAUAUUACCCAAUAAAUACAGAAUCAAGUUACCCAAUGGAGGUAUUUUCAGGUAGCUCGGAAGCUUUUAUAUUUUCAUUUGGUGAAGGAGAUAAUCCUGAAGAUGAUGCCAUAUUGAGUAGAGUAUUAAAAGAAUAUUCGCAUAAAGCUAUUUGUAGAACUAUUUAUGGACCUGGGUUUGGUGAAAAUGAUUUAGGUAUUAGCUUAUCUGGCAAUAGUCAUCCUAAAAUAGGCGUUUGUAAUAAAAAAUUUUAUGAAAAAAAAAUUAUCGAACCAAAUACUUUUACUUUUGAUGAGAUUGAAGUAUUUAAAGUUACUAGAGAAGCCAUCUAA